CGGGAAGGCCGCCUCUGGGUUUAAGACGUUGGGCAAAGCGGGCAAGCGGCGGAGCUGCGCGCGUCCUCCUGGCUCGCCUGGGCGCACCGACGGCUCUCGGGAAGCGCCGCCUGUGGAUCUAAGCGCGCCUCUGCUGUGCUGCACCGGGGGUUCUUCAUGCCCGGCCAGGGGGGCCUCCUUGGGAAUAUACCGCGGAUCGGCCCGCCUACCGCUGCCCAGGCUCAUGCGGGGGGCCCCGUCGGGAGCAGGGAGGGCGGCGGAGAGACCGCUUGGCCCUGAGCCUUCCUCGGGAGCGGCGGCGGCGACAGGACCCGGGGAGCUGCGGUCGCCGCCGGCGCUGUCGCGCUUGGAGUGCCCCGAGGUGCCGCCUCCAGCCCAAGGAGCUCGGGCUGGCCCCCUCGCCGGGCUCCCCGAUGAGCUGCUUGAAAGAGCCGCUGAGCCUGGAGCGCCUGGGAGCCGGGAGUAAGCUGUGCUCCACCUCCCCGUCGUCGUCGUCGUCCUCCGCCUCUUCGUCCUCCUCCUCCUCCUGCCACUACCACCACCACCAGCCGCCACCGCCGGCCCUGGUCAUGGCUUCAGCCCUGACCCCCGGACAGCCCAGAUCGGCCUUGGAGUCCGCCAAGCACCGGCUGGAGGUGCACACCAUCUCUGACACCUCCAGCCCAGAGGCCGCAGAGAAAGACAAGAGCCAGCCGAGCAAGAGCGACGACGCGGGGCCCGAGGAUCCGUCCAAGAAGAAGCGGCAGCGGCGGCAGCGGACCCAUUUCACCAGCCAGCAGCUGCAGGAGCUGGAAGCCACUUUCCAGCGGAACCGCUACCCGGACAUGUCGACCCGCGAGGAGAUCGCCGUCUGGACCAACCUCACCGAGGCCAGAGUCAGGGUUUGGUUCAAGAACCGUCGGGCCAAGUGGCGGAAGCGGGAGCGGAACCAGCAAGCGGAGCUGUGCAAGAACGGCUUCGGGCCGCAGUUCAACGGCCUCAUGCAGCCCUACGACGACAUGUACCCGGGCUACUCGUACAACAACUGGGCGGCCAAGGGCCUCACCUCGGCGUCGCUGUCCACCAAGAGCUUCCCCUUCCUGAACCCGCUGUCGUCGCAGAGCAUGUUCUCGCCGCCCAACUCCAUCUCCUCCAUGAGCAUGUCUUCCAGCAUGGUGCCCUCGGCCGUCACCGGCGUGCCGGGCUCCAGCCUCAACGGCCUCAACAACUUGAACAACCUGAGCAACCCCUCCCUCAACUCGGCCGUGCCCACGUCCGCCUGCCCCUACGCCCCGCCGACCCCUCCUUACGUUUACCGGGACACGUGUAACUCCAGCCUGGCCAGCCUGAGACUCAAGGCCAAGCAGCACUCCAGCUUUGGCUACGCCAGCGUCCAGAACCCGGCCUCCAACCUGAGCGCCUGCCAGUACGCCAUGGACAGGCCCGUGUGAGCCCGGCCCCCGGCCCCCUUCGGCCACUGGCACGCCCGGGCCGCCCCCCGCCCCCCUUGGAAAGGCACCCCGGGAGAGGAGGCUGCCCGGCUGCCUCCGGCCAAGGACUGAACGCUGCUCCAGCCGACCCUCGACGGCACCGCUGAGCAACACACUUAGGCGCGCGCGCACCGCCGCCGCUGGGAAUUGGAGACCCCCCUCCCUCUCUCUCUCUCUCUCUCUCUCUCUCUCUAAACAAGGAAUCGAAGGGGGAGGGGAGGACGAGGGAAAGCGCUGCAAAGACACCCCCACCCCAUUUUUGUUUUGCAAUGGCUCUUCUCCGACUCCGGCUCCUUUUCACUUAAAAAGAAAGAAAAAAGAAAAGGAAAAAAAAGUCUCCUCCAACGGCUACAAGGACAUCUAUUAUAAAUAUAUAUAAAACACGGACAAACGUUUGACUGGAUAUGAUAUGACAUUUUAAUGUUCCUAUAAGCUUGUUAUUUUUUAUGUUUAGCAUUGUUAACAUUCAAAGGAAAAAAAUGUCGGGAAAGGAUGUAUAUAUAUAUCGAAAUGUCAAAUUAAUUUUAUAAAAGCAAGUUGUUAGUAAUAUCUCCACAGUGUUUUUAAAAGGGGGCAGGGGAGGGGAGUUAGGCUUUAAAAUAAAGCAUGUUACGCAAGAGAUUAGGGAUUUUUUGUUGGUUUUUUUCCGCUUGCGAGCAAGGGAAUGUAUAUACUAAAUGCGACACUGUAUGUUUCUAACAUAUUAUUAUUAAUUAUUAUUAUUAUUAAAGAAAGACCCAUUGUGUGAAUAUCGGUUUUAGAAUAGUAGCUCUGGUGGAUGCAAUGUUGCCUCUGAAAACUGCAAAUGUAAAACAUACCCAUUUGUAUAACAUUAUUGUUUUCCUUUUCAGCCGACAUUGGAAAAAAAAUGUGUUUUCUUUCAUGGGAGUAAACUAUACCGCAUA